UAAGUAUAAAACCAAGGGAUUCUCAGUCCAUGACAAAACUUCUCCGUUUUUGGCUUUCCUGUUUGAAACUCCGAUAAGGACGUCACAGUGUCCUAUGGAUUUAAGUGCGGGAGAUGGGCCUGAGGCUGGAGGUCAGAAGUCAGACGCUUUUCAAGAUAAUAGGGCCAACAGCAACAGUAUGAUGAAGGCUAGUGACACAUCUACAAGAAAGCGAAGGCUGGAGCAGGAAGACGAGAUCCUCACUAAAACUAAAAACUUAAAAUUGGACUGUACUGAGGAGAAUGAACAGUUAAGAUCACAAAUUGAGGACCUCAGAGCGAAAAACAGAACAUUACAGGAAAAACUGGACAAUUUCACAGAAAGGAUGGGAAAAGCCAUGGAUAUUCAAAUAGGAAGUAGUGGACUGCUGUCUGAAGACCUCAAAAAUCCCUGCAGAGAAUCUGAAUUGAAAAAUAGAUAUAAUAAAUUAAGACAAAAUGAUUGGGCAGAAUUCCUGGGCAAACUGAAGAAAUCAAGAAGUCACAAUGAACAACAGCAGAAAGAAUCCAGUGACCUCAAAAAGGAUGCGCAGAAGGUUUUCAAGUGUACUUUGAAAGAAGCAGAAAGUAACAUGCAAGAACUCAUAAAAAAGCUGAAGGAACUUCUUCACCUGGACGUCAAACAUUCCAGUAAUACCAAGACAUUACAGCACUUUGAUUUGGCCAUCCAGCAAAUUCAAAUGGCAAUACUUCAUAAGGAACAGAUCCCAGAAGAUUUGAUUGAUCAGAAACUUCCUGAUUUGAAACCACUGGUUUUGGAGGCGUACAAGAUAGGCUGUUUGAUGGCACUGCAUAAUCCACCAAUCCUUCUUGACUGGGCCAACCAAAAAGGAACCUUCCCAGAAUGUAUACACGAUUUAAAAGCUGCGGGACAAAACAUGACCACUCCAACUGCUGUGGAUUCAAAAGAGGCCAGGCCAGAUGGACACACUCCAAAUGCUACGAAUUCAAAAGAUGCUGUGCCAGAUGGAAACACUCCAAAUGCUUCGGAUUCAAAAGAUGCCAGGCCAGAUGGACACACUCCAAAUGCUACGGAUUCAAAAGAGGCCAGGCCAGAUGGACACACUCCAAAUGCUACGAAUUCAAAAGAUGCUGCGCCAGAUGGAAACACUCCAAAUGCUUCGGAUUCAAAAGAGGCCAGGCCAGAUGGACACACUCCAAAUGCUACGGAUUCAAAAGAGGCCAGGCCAGAUGGACACACUCCAAAUGCUACGAAUUCAAAAGAUGCUGCGCCAGAUGGAAACACUCCAAAUGCUACGGAUUCAAAAGAUGCCAGGCCAGAUGGACACACUCCAAAUGCUACGGAUUCAAAAGAUGCCAGGCCAGAUGGACACACUCCAAAUGCUACGGAUUCAAAAGAUGCCAGGCCAGAUGGACACACUCCAAAUGCUACGGAUUCAAAAGAGGCCAGGCCAGAUGGACACACUCCAAAUGCUACGAAUUCAAAAGAUGCUGCGCCAGAUGGAAACACUCCAAAUGCUACGGAUUCAAAAGAUGCCAGGCCAGAUGGACACACUCCAAAUGCUACGGAUUCAAAAGAGGCCAGGCCAGAUGGACACACUCCAAAUGCUACGAAUUCAAAAGAUGCUGCGCCAGAUGGAAACACUCCAAAUGCUACGGAUUCAAAAGAUGCCAGGCCAGAUGGACACACUCCAAAUGCUACGGAUUCAAAAGAGGCCAGGCCAGAUGGACACACUCCAAAUGCUACGAAUUCAAAAGAUGCUGCGCCAGAUGGAAACACUCCAAAUGCUACGGAUUCAAAAGAUGCCAGGCCAGAUGGACACACUCCAAAUGCUACGGAUUCAAAAGAGGCCAGGCCAGAUGGACACACUCCAAAUGCUACGAAUUCAAAAGAUGCUGCGCCAGAUGGAAACACUCCAAAUGCUACGAAUUCAGAAGAUGCUGCGCCAGAUGGAAACACUCCAAAUGCUUUGAAUCCCAACGUCAACCUGAAACCUUGACCAGUUCUGGACAGGAUGGAACCUUCAAUUAAGUUUUCAAUUUGUCAGUGAUGCCACUGGGAAAUCUGUUUAAUAACUUUUUCUACAUAUAUGUAUGUUAAGUCAUCUACAGCCAUGUUAGGCUGGUUUAUCCAUUAAGGCUAACUUCACUUUUGCUUACAGAUGUAAUUAUCAACAUGAGGGGGCAAAAGUAACUGUAGAAGAUCUAAUAAUAAUAAUAAUAAUACAAUUUUAACUAUCUCUCUGAAAACUAUAGUACAGCUUUAUAAAAAAACUAAAAUUUAAAAAAUAUAUAUAUAUUUUUAACAUUAUUCUCAUAUGGUUAUGGGAUAGCUUAUUAGUCUGCAAUCCAUACUUUCUAAAAAAAUUACAAUUGUGCAUAGCUCAAUCUUGUUUAUAGUAUAAAAACUGGAAAACAACUCCUCUACAGCUUCUCAAUAGGCUCUAACACAGUGAAGCAAAUAUUAACAACAUUCUUCAGAGAAUGAAAACUGUUGCACAAGGUUCAGGAUAUAAUGCAGUAUUUUAAAAUAAACAAAAAUUAUUAAGGCCUACUGUUAUUAAGCACACAUGGUUCCCAAAUUUGGGGUGCCCCAGCUAGUCUAGAUUUUUCUAACAUACUGUACUGUGCAAAAAACCACCCUUUUAUUUACAACCCAAUUUCCAAAAAAGUUGGGAUGCUGUGUAGAAUAUAAAUAAAAAUAGAAUGCAAUGAUAUGCAAAUCAUGUUAAUCAUAUUUACUACAAAGACUACAAAUCAAAUGUUGAAACUGAAAAAUUUAGUUUUUUAAAAAAUAUGUCUAUUUUGAAUUUGAUGCCAACACCACAAGCACCAGACCUCUUUAAAUACGGAGCAAUGCUGUUUUAAUACAUGCAGAAUGUGGUUUGACACUGUCUUGCUGAAAUAAGCAUGUCC